AUGCCGCCACCGCCGGCGAAGACGGUGCUGUUCGUGGGGGUGAACGAGGGCCACGUUAUCACCAAGCGUGAGCUCCCGCCUCGCCCUUCCGCCAGCAAAGGAAAAUCUGGCAGGAGGACCUGGUUUGUAAGGCACGUGAUUAGGGAAGUUGCUGGAUUGGCACCAUAUGAGAAACACAUCAUUGGGCUUCUGAGGAAUUGUAGGGACAAGCGUGCUCUUAAGUUGGCAAAAAGAAAGCUCGGGACGCACAGGAGAUCUAAGAAGAAGCGUGAGGGGAUGCUCGAUGUUCUUAGGAGGAUGAGUGACCCAAACCAAUCAUCUAAUAGUUGCUCCAUGUUGAAAGCAAGCCACCUUUUGACAGGAUCCUUUAGCUACAAGAUCUGCAAGGUGCAGCGGCGCGACUUGCUGAGAAGUGCUGCAGUUGUGUCGAGAAUUAGACUAAUGACGGCAAUGAUUGCGCGCGCGCGCGGCGGGGUUGGAUGGCGCGACACGGCACGGCACGGCACACGCAACGGCGUGAUGGGCACUGCAUGGGGCUACGACGAUCAAGUCGACGGCGACUGCAGCGCCGCGGCGGCGGCGGCCGCGACGUCACGCUCGCUGGCGUAG